GGAGCGCGAUUGGUCGAUCGGGCUGCGCCGCCAGUCUCCCGAGAGCAGUCGCUGCUGUAGCCUCGCGGCGGACCGGCACUUCGUCGCCUCCGCGAAAAGAAGAGAAGAGAGAGAGAAAAAAAGAAAAACAAAACACGCUUCUCUCCGUUCGUCGCGACGAGUGUGUAAUGGCCACUGUGCGGUUCGCGGGAGUAGUGAUAAAUUCGCGUCCUCCGCGUCGUUAAUCAUCGCGAAUCGACGCGCGAGCGAACGAAAAACCCAGGGGGGAGGGGGGAAGAAGGGAGCCCCGAGUUUAAUCGCGUGAAGUUGUCGUCGCGUCCUUUUCGUAAUAACGGCGAUAGCCGCGAUAACCCGGACUUCUCUCGAGAGAGCGUCUCUUCUCUCACACUUCCGUCUUCUUUUUUUUCUUUUCUGUCGUGAAUACACAGUGCGUGAGGAUCACAAGUGCCAGGAGCCAGUGUUUGUACCCAUCUUUAUGUGCGCGGCCCGUUGUCGAGUGUGCGUUGUCGCGCUGCCGCCGCCGGCGCUCGGAUCCCUCGGUGACCACCGACGCUGGAUUUAUCAGGCGCGGCGUCGUCUCCCCUGAGCGCGUUGUGGACCUCGCCACCCCUUCGCCAUCCCGCCGAGGGAUUCAUCGACUUGGACGCAUUUGGUACCAUUGCGAUUCCCGCGUCGUGUCGGGUGUGCCGUGUAAAGUGUUGGUCGAAAUCGUAAUUAUUCGUGUUUUCGCGAGUGUUUUGUGAAUACUACAAAAAGGACCAGGAGAGGACGAGCAGGCCUGGGGAGCCAUCGGGCAACAGCGGGGCAACUGUGAGAUCAAUGUACUGUGUACUACAACUCCGCUAUUGCACGUGUCGUGAUCUUCCUGCGUUGAUUGGAAUACUCACAUGGCAUUCAACCUUCUGCUGCAUCGGUGUUCGACGUAACAUCGCUCGGAGAUCCUCGGAGCAACGGAUGACCGCAGCGAGUACCCUCGCGUCCUAAUUAAAGAAAUGGACACCGUAAUUACGAGGCCACGUCGAGGACCAGGGAUGAUACGGGCCAAUUCGGCGCGUUAAAUGCUCCCCCGGGGAUUCACAUUCCGGCCGAGGCUCUCGCGGAUCUGGGAUGGCUUCUGGGAGCAGACGCGGCAGCGAGCAACACAGCAACAAUAUCGGAUUAGACUCAGUUAACAAGCCUGUGUCGUCGACGUAUUGGUUGCGCAAGUAGAUAGAUUUUAAAUCGAGUCAACCCCCUACGCGAGAACAACGAAGUUAGGGACGGCAAAAUAAUCUGGCGGAGCUAUUAGAUCGUGUAUAUAAUGAAAGCACGUGGAACGGGACGGUAGUGGACCGAGAGAGAGGAUGCUGCGAAGAAGAGAUUGAAUCCUACCUUACACGUCGCCUAAUCGUUCGGACACAUCGCAGAGUCGCGUCAAGGGAGUUAUCUCUCUGCCUAACCUGACAUGUGAGGCCUCAAAGAUGUAGAUACGAAUAGUUACGGAGAAGAUACUCUUGACCCCAUCCCAUUCCCGUUCGAAACCCUCUUCGUGUACAUCGCGAAUAUCGAGAAUAUAUCCAGAUAGAGAGAGGAUAUCAAUCGUGAAAAAGCAAACUGCCAGGCUAUAAGAUAUAAAAUACAACACAUCGACAUCGACAUCGGAGGGAAACGCACCGGAUGUCGCGGUCAAAGGGAACGACACGGUGAGAGAAGAUUGAGAGACGGCCGGUGACUUCAGGAAUGUGAUGUGACAGAAUUCUUCGCGAGAAGAAAUCAGUAUUCUUGAAGACAAGAAUUGUAGAAAGAGAGAAAGAGAGAGAAAAAGAAAAGGGCAUUGAUAGAGACACAUUUUAACAAGUGUCCUUAUCGAUUCCAAGUUUUCUCCUCUUCGUCCUUGUCGCGAAACGGCGAGAUUGCCUCUGGUGUUAUGGAAUGAACCGAUGCCCAGACAGGGUAUCUAAUUAUUCACAAUCAUCCGCGUUAUGACCCCGAUAAUGCGACUGCUCCUUCUAUUCGCCCUGAUGGCCGUACAGUCCUGCUUGACUGUCUGCUCGGCGAGCGGCGACGGCGGACCCAACAGCCAAGUCUUCAAUCUGGACCACACCGCUCUGGAGAAGAAUCUGGCGGCGAUCUUCAACAAGGUAGCGCACAGUUCCGCGACCACGAAACGCAGCGUGCCAGCGUACGACGCCCAGGUGUCGGCCAGUACGACCCUGUCGACGGUACCGUCGCCAUUGACCACCAGCACGACCACCAGUACGACCUCCAGCCCGUCGGUACCCGCCGUCAAGUAUCCGGCGGUGCCACGGGCCACAGCUUCGCCCAUCUUCCGAGAUCUUCCGUCGUACGCGCCGCCCUCCAGAGCACUCUUCACGCCACCCUUGCCGCCAGAGUACCUACAUCCAUUUGCCGACAAGCCCACGUUACGAGGAACCAAUUCGGACGUGUACACCGGUAACAGGAGGCCCGUACCGCCGCCCAGUCUGACACCGGCACACGAGCGAAUACCUAUCCGACCGCCGGAUCUACCUCAGAGUCCUUCCUCCCAAGUGCCGGAAAGACAUCACGCCCACUCGAGGAAGCCGACGAAUGUGCCUGACGGUAGAGGGGAGCAGAGACCGGAGUCCGGUGAAACCGAUCGACGGAACAGCACCAAUGAUCCCUCGUUCGUGACCCUUCACUACCCUAGUAUCUCGAGGAUCUUGUCCGGCAGCAACGGCAGGAAGCAGGAUAUCCCCGAUAUAUUGUUGAAGCCGUUAGCGACGAAGAGCCCGUUAUCAAAUAUACCGCCUGCCCCGACGACCGACAAGACUACAUCGGCACCGAGCACCUUCACACCCGGCAGCACCGCGGAUCCUUCGAGAAUUGCCGUCACUCAGCCGACCAUCUUCAAUCUACCGAAUACCGGCCGGCAGGACGACGACGGCUAUCAUCACGGGUUAAGAAACGAACACGAGGACAGUAUCGAGAUAGUGGACACGGAGAGGCUGCCGUAUCCGCAGGCGCAGCCCCCGGCGCCGACGUCGAAGCGACCGACUAACUCCGACGACGAUGACGAGCAUCUAGUGCCGCAAGUCGACACGCAUCCGCUCGAAUCCACGUGGCGGAUCGCCUGGUCGCUGCACGUGUACGUCGCGGCGAUUAUGUUCACGCUCAUGGCCCUGUACUCGAUCUACAAGAUCGUGCGCUUCAACGAAGCUACGAAUCUGCUCACGCAGUCAUAUUUCUUGGCUGUUCACUUACUGCUGACUACCGUCUGCACUCUGAGGUGUUUCCACCUCUUCUAUGACGCUUACAAUCUCGGUCAUUCGUUGCCUGAACCAUUGUCCAGGGUGCUAAUGUAUCUGCCGGCGCCGCUCUUGUCCACGGCCUUCGCUACUCUGAUGCUAUACCUCGCUCGGUGCUCGGAGGCGCCCUCGCUCAACAACAGUAUCCUGUCGCCUACCACGCUCGUACUCUCCUCCACAGUGCACAUCGUGCUGUGCGUCUCCCUUCACGUGUCCACGCAUGUGCUCGGCUAUCAGGACGAGGCGAGAAUUUUGCCGCUCAUCUGCCAAUGUAUCUAUAUCGUUGUCUGUGUUACGCUGGGCUUGUGUUACAUGUACGUGUAUCGCGUGGUGCGCUCGCAAAUCCACCUGGCCAGCAACAAGGCAGCCGGGGCGAAUCACAUGAUGGGCGCCGAUCCUACCACGGUGGCGCUUAGCACUGCCAUCACCACCACCAUCGCCACCGCUCUGCUGUUCAUUCUCAUGGGUCUCUUGCAACUCUACGGCAUCUUCGGCGUCCAGGAACGUCCGCAACCGUAUCCGUGGCUCUGGUGGGGUUGGCAAUUCUCGGUCAGACUGCUCGAGCUAUGCGUCUGCGGUCUUCUGGCUUGGGUCGCCAGUCUGUCUCAGUAUCCACUGCGCGAGAAACAAAUGCAGCAACACUCGGUGCACUCGGGUUUCGCACUGUUUCCCUGCGGCAGUUCCACGUCCACGGAGAAUAUGGAUGAUGUGCUCUAUCCUGCUAUAUGUAGCACCAACCAAGCGAUUCAGAAUUAUACCAUGAGAACGGGAAAACAGGUUUACGAUGACAGUUUUCCACUGAACACUCUGCCCGAGCAUUUGAACAUAUCAGGUACCUUCGAGAGACAUUCCAUCCGCAAGUCAGGCACAAUGGGACACUUCCCUCACGAAGGUCGAGGUUCCUUGAGUCGUCAUGGUAAUGGCAUACAGACCCUAAGGAAUUCCGAGACUCGCGGCAGGCAUACGCCCGUGCAAGGCCUACAUGAACAAGCUCCGACCAGCGGCUCGACGAUGCUAGUCGCCGAGGACGGCUUCGUUAGGUUCCGGAGUCUUGGCGCAGAGGAAGACGAGCUGUCCGAUACGCAGAGCAUAGUCGGCACUCACGGUAGAGGAAGCUCCCUCGCUGGUAGCGUCAGGUACAACGCGAGGCACUCGACGGUACAACAUCAGCAUCCCCAUCAUCAGCACUCGCUGCAACAUUCGCAUCCGAGUCAGCAUCAACAAACUCAUCAUCAGCUUUACAACAACACGUAAAGGCUGUGCCAACGCGAUGACUAAAACGUGAUUUUCGUUGAUAUAGUAGACGAACGAGGUCGUCGUCAAUGAAAUAUAUAGGAUAUAUAUAUUGACAUGAAUCGCGGGAAUCGUCGCCCUCGCAAACUUCGGUCUAAACUCGAAAACUAAUUUUAUCUCAUACUCUAUGUAAGAUAUGUCCUGUGUAUAGACAACCUAAUUGCCAUUCUCGCUCUCCCGCUUCGCAUCGACGUCCGAGCCAAGCCUCUGCCGUACGAUACCUCUAUACAUAUUUAUUUUGAUCUUCGAUAAGCGAGUAAAAGUAUACGGCGAACUCGUUUGGGGUUCCUCUACCUGUAUGUGGGUAGUUCAGGGUAUAUCGAAACUUGAUCUUAUAUUAGGCACUUGGUACUUAUUAAGAUUCAUGUGAUUGAAGAAAAAAACAUAAAGAAAUAAUGUGUCUCACUGAAGUAUCUAGGGAAACGCGCUUCUCUCUCGGUUUUACGUUCACUGUUAGUACCGAAGAUGGGCUGUGGAACGAUAAUGGAAAAAAUACAAGUGAUUUUAAAUCGAUUUCUUAACAUUGCUACAAUGUUAAUGAUGUGUUUUAGCAAAUGUAAUAAUGAUUAUUCACUAUCGCGUGACUAGAAAAGACUUUGACGUUUGAACGUUGUACUGUCCUGACAAUUUUUACAACAACCGUACAAGCUCAUUCUUUUACAUAGUCAUAUAUACGUUGAAAUUCUUUGAGUAAUCACCUUUAAUUAAUUUGCGGUACUUAUUAUUAUUUUUUUGUACGAAACUUCUCAAGUAAAUUCGAUAUAAAAUCAGCUUUGCGACCAACAGGAGGUAUAUUUUUUACAAAAGAAAAAUUGCACGCGAGGUCCAAACACAACUGGAGAAAACAAUUGCGAUUCUCAUUCAGGUAUUCCGAGAUUAGGAUGUGAUUGUGUCAAGCUGAAAGCGAUGUUUGUACAGUCGAUGAUAAUUUAUCACUCAGUCCAAUUGUACGAUUUAGUUAGCGGCUAAGACACUAGGUUAAGAAUUGCGGGUUAUACGUUAAGUUUAGUCAUUAAGAGAGAGAAAGAGAGAGUUAGACGAGUCGCGACUAAUGUCAACAGAUUUACAUUUAAUAAAUCGAAAGGAAAUAAGGAAGAUAUAAAAGAAUACUAUUACCGAUGUAGAAUAGAUGACAUAAGUGCGAUUUAACGUCACACAUACACACACAGGCCAGCAUUUUACUUUAUUUCUCAGAUUCUAAGGUACAAAAUAGUACUUUUUACCUUUCACUCCGUAUAUCGAUAGGUUUAAGCGGUCGCAGUGUAUAUGUUUACAUAUGGACAUUGUAAAUAAGGUAUACGGGCUCGUCGUGAACGAAUCUACUGUUAUAAUGGAAUCCGAUUAGAUUCCGUUUGACGCGUCGAAAUCACAACUCUCGGUU